GCCCGGGCGCUGGAGCUGCUGGAGGAGCAGCAGUUCUGGGCAGCUGUGGUCUUUGAGGCCCCCACCAACGCCACGUCCCCCACGCUGCCCCCCCACGUCCGCUACAAGAUCCGCAUGGACAUCGACGAUGUGACGAGGACCAACAAGAUCAAGGACAGGUUUUGGGACCCCGGCCCCGCAGCUGACCCCUUCAGCGAUCUGCGCUACGUGUGGGGGGGGUUCGUCUACGUGCAGGACCUGGUGGAGCAGGCGGUGGUGCGGGUGCAGACUGGGGCUGCCUCGCACACGGGAGUCUAUGUCCAGCAAAUGCCCUACCCCUGCUAUGUGGACGAUGUGAUCAUCAAGGGGGUGGUGCAUGAGAAGGAAAUGCGGCUCAAGGAGACCAUGAAGACCAUGGGGCUGAGCAGCGGCAUCCUCUGGCUCAGCUGGUUCCUCAGCAGCUUCAUCCCCUUCCUCCUCAGCUGCGCCCUCCUAGUCCUCAUCCUCAAGAUGGGAAACAUCCUGCCCUACAGCGACCCGGCCGUCAUCUUCCUCUUCCUCAGCACCUUCUCGGUGGCCACCAUCAGCCAGUGCUUCCUCAUCAGCACCUUCUUCCCCCGUGCCAACCUGGCCUCGGCCUGCGGUGGCAUCAUCUACUUCUCCCUCUACCUGCCCUAUGUCCUCUGCGUCGCCUGGCGCGACCAUGUCACCUUCCCGCUCCGCGUCCUCGUGAGCCUGCUGUCUCCAGUGGCCUUUGGCUUCGGGUGUGAGUACUUCUCCCUCUAUGAGGAGCAGGGGAUAGGCAUCCAGUGGCACAACCUGGGCACCAGCCCUGUGCCCGGAGACCCCUACAACUUCGCCACAGCCAUGGGGCUGCUGCUGCUGGACGCUGGCCUCUAUGGCCUGGGCACCUGGUACCUUGAGGGGGUCUGCCCAGGCCAGUAUGGGAUCCCCAAGCCCUGGAAUUUCCCCUUCCUGAAGAGCUACUGGCUUGGAGAGCCGUCCUCGGCUGCACACCCCCCGUACCCCACCACCCCCCUUGCUGCACCCCAAGGGGGUCCUGCCUGUGGUGGGGGGUUCCUGCCCAUGGCAGGGGGUCCUGCCCAGGCCAUGACCCACUGGUGGCCCCCAGUGCUGGUGGAGGAGCCGCCCACCCAUCUCCAACCUGGCGUCUCCAUCCGCAACCUGGUGAAGAUUUACCGCACCAGCAGCCAUGUGGCUGUCAAUGGACUAAGCCUGGACUUCUAUGAGGGGCAGAUCACCUCCUUCCUGGGCCACAACGGGGCUGGCAAGACCACCACCAUGUCCAUCCUGACAGGUGUCCUGCCCCCCACCUCUGGCACUGCCUACGUCCUGGGCUGGGACAUCCGCACUGACAUCGACAGUAUCCGCAAAACCAUGGGGACAUGUCCCCAGCACAACGUGCUCUUCGACAUGUAA